AUGGCUCCCAUUCAUAAUCAGAACGAACACUCACUAUCAACCACUGGACAACUUGAACAUCUUGAAGGCCGAUCUCCCGACCGUGGACCUAUCUAUGAGCGCAGCCGCUUGGCAUUGGGGAUCGGACAGGCCCUUGCAGAUGUUAUCGCCGGCAUUUGCAGACUAGGCCAAGCUUAUCAAUGCUCAAAUAGUAUGACUGGAUCAGUAUGUGUUCAACUUGAUCUCAUUUUUGCUAACGUUGGUCUCAAAAUGCCUACACUGAUUCGGCUAUGUCGAGAAAAGCUGGCUAAAGUGUGUUAA